AUGAGUGAACCUAAACCUGGGCCAAGCAAUGCUUGUACUUUUUCUUCGCCGAAGAAAAAACGAGCAAAGAAAACCCCAAUGAAUUCAGCGGAAAAAGUGACUGUUAUAAACGUAUUCAAACACGUUGAAGAAACGUGGCCGCAGGAUUCGUAUCCGUACAAAACUGAUGUUAUUAAUAAAACAGCUGAAGUUAUGGGAAUUUCACGAGCCACUGUAAACCGAUUUAUAAAAGAAUACAAAACAACGGGCUGCCUGAAAUCUCCUCCAAAACCAUCACCGAGAGUGUCUAAGAUUGACACAUUAGACGACAUGGAUUUAGGUGCAAUACGCCGAAAAGUACACAUGUUUUACUUUAAUAAUGAACUGCCCACCAUUGAUAAGGUGCUGGAGGCUGUAAAUUCAGACGAAACGCUGCCCAGUUUUAAAAGGACAACAUUUUAUAAAGUCUUGAAGAAACUGCAAUUUAAAUACGUCAAACGCAACCGCAAGAGUGCACUCAUUGACAGAGAUGACAUUGUGUUAUGGCGUAUCAAAUAUUUGAACACAAUAACAAAAUUAAGGAAUGAAGGCAAAACAAUUUAUUACACGGAUGAAACUUGGCUCAAUGAAGGACACACUAUGAACAAAGUUUGGCAGGACGAGACAAUAAAGUCGGUUAAAGAAGCUCAUCAUCAGGGUUUAUCCACUGGGUUAAAAAAUCCAAGUGGAAAAGGAAAACGACUCAUUGUGGUUCACAUAGGCUCAAACACAGGCUUUCUGGAAGGAGGAGAGUUAAUUUUUGAAGCAAAGAAAAACGAUGGCGACUAUCAUUCUGAGAUGGAUUCAUACAACUUUGAGAAAUGGUUCGGUCAAAUUCUAUUGAAAUUAGAUGCUAACUCUGUUAUUGUCAUGGACAAUGCACCAUACCACUCAAGGAGAAAAGAAAAGAUUCCUACAUCUUCAAACAAAAAAAGUGAAUUGCAAGCAUGGCUAAAAGAGAAAAACAUAUCCUUUGAAGAAACAGAGGUAAAAGCUCAGCUACUUUUAAAAAUAAAAGAAGUAAAAGAUAUUUACCAAACAUAUGUUGUCGAUGAAAUGGCCCAUGAAAAGGGAAUCACAGUGGUGAGGCUUCCACCUUACCACUCCGAAGCAAUUCAAAAUGUAGCAACGGAAGAGGCUUGGCAAAAGUGCAUUGACCAUGUAAUAAAAGAAGAGCAAAAGAUGCUAAAAAUUGAUGGCAUAAUUGAUGAUUUAGUUGACCGCUUCAUUAUCCAUGUUGGUGAAAGUUCAUCAGAAUCGUCUGAAUUCACAGAAUAA